AUGGGCCCCAACAAGGUUGAGCUUCCAUGCUGCAAACCCAUGGCCCUGUUGCAAGCCAAGGGGGCUGCCCUCUAUCAGUAUGGGGGAGACAAAAAUCACUGGAGUGUGGAAUGUGGCAGAGAAUUCUCUAACAGGAGUGCUCUUCAGAAACACUCGAGAGUUCACACUGGAGAGAAGACAUAUUGCUGUAAUGAAUGUGGUAAACAGUUUUCACAAAAAGGCCAUCUUCAGAGACACACAAGAGUUCACACCAGAGAGAAGCCAAAUUGCUGUAAUGAAUGUGGUAAACAGUUUUCACAAAAAGGCUUUCUUCAGAUGCACACAAGAGUUCACACUGGAGAGAAGCCAUAUUACUGUAAUGAAUGUGGUAAACAGUUUUCACAGAUAGUCAGUCUUCAGAGACACACGAGAGUUCACAACAGAAUAAAAAGGGUAGCAGUUCAAAAAUCAGUACAGAAAAACAAGAACCCUUCAGGACUCAAGAGUGAGGUUCAGUCGUGUCCUAAAAAGAAAGCAAACUAAACUAUUGUUGAGAAAUGAAUCUCAAAGAGAAGCCAUAUUGCUGUUUGGAAUGUGGCAAACAAAUCUGUCAGAGCAGUACACUUCAGAGACGCACCAGAAUUCACACUGGAGAGAAGUACAACUGAACUGUCCUGACUAAAGAGUGAAGUUCACUCCUGCCUGGACAGUAAGCACAUGUAACUGACACAAAUCCAUCCUACUUAGUGUUGUGUCAAAAACAAAUCAACAUGGAGGAGAAAUAGAAGUUUAUGUCCUUUUUCCUUUUCCAGAAACAAAAUAAAGAACAGGGCGUCAUACAAACGGCUUCUCACCAAAGCCCCUACAGCCUCCACCAUGUGCCUAGCUCUGUUUUCAUAACAUACGUAUUACAUAUUGAACUGUUUACAAUA